CGCAGGGAUUUGAAAGAACCUCGAAUUGAUCGAACUAUUCGUGCAUCGACUGAAUCCAGUUCGGUCCAUGUCCCGAUCCCCGGAAGAAAAAGACCACUGGAAUCGAGUCCGCGUCUUUCCAAUGUAAAAACGUACGCUAGCGGUGAGGAGACUGCCACGGUAUUGGCACGCGGGAUCGUGCCAACCGAGCUGGGACCAUCAACUGUUCCUUUCAUAGUCGCAGCCACGAGUGGCGAUCCUCGGGUCGGUCGAUCGUCCACACGUGAUCGCUCAGGUGAUCAUCAAACGGAACGACAGCCUCGACUCUCCGAAUCCCUGACCCAAUUACCCUUACAUACUGAAUCCCGAGUCGCUCCCCAGGAAGUAGUUCCCUCCACUGCCUGUUUGUCCUCCUCUUCCUCAUCCUCAUCGGAACUCAGGUGUUUACAAGUCCCUCAGAUCACAAUACGCUCAACUACUAGUAGUAAUGAUCGUCCUCUUGUAAAUCCAACAUUCUGGGCCCCAACGCACGUACAACAUUCAAAAUCGACGAGUAAAGAUUCUCUUACACCAGCCAGUGCUCGUCGCGGUGGAUCGGUAACUCUGGACUUAUCAGAUUCUGUGGACCGUGUCUCAAAACCGUUACAAUCAGCGCUCAAGGUGAAAAAUACACUGGCCAAUAUCAACACAGUGUUCUCACUGGUGAGUAUGGACAAAACAGGCCGACCGAAACGAAAGCACUCCGACCGGACAGUGAACACGUACAACAACACAUUGACCGGGACCGUGAUGGUGGUGCGUGUGAGCAGUAGACUAGACAUUGCAGCUCCGGACACGUGCCUCGACUGA